AUGUAUAAGACACAUGAAAAGGGCAACCAGUACAGCACCACAGCACAGUUCUACCAGACCAGGCCGGCCUCAGGACAGCAGAACCAGCCCGGCACCAUCACAAUACAGCACAACCAGAACCGGCCCACCACAGCACAGUUCUACCAGACCAGGCCGGCCUCAGGACAGCACAACCAGAACCGGCCCACCACAGCACAGUUCUACCAGACCGGGUCGGCCUCAGGACAGCACAACCAGAACCGGCCCACCACAGCACAGUUCUACCAGACCAGGCCGGCCUCAGGACAGCACAACCAGAACCGGCCCACCACAGCACAGUUCUACCAGACCAGGUCGGCCUCAGGACAGCACAACCAGAACCGGCCCACCACAGCACAGUUCUACCAGACCGGGCCGGCCUCAGGACAGCACAACCAGAACCGGCCCACCACAGCACAGUUCUACCAGACCUGGUCGGCCUCAGGACAGCACAACCAGCCCGGCACCACCACAGCACAGUUCUACCAGACCGGGCCGGCCUCAGGACAGAACAACCAGAACCGGCCCACCACAGCACAGUUCUACCAGACCAGGUCGGCCUCAGGACAGAACAACCAGAACCGGCCCACCACAGCACAGUUCUACCAACAUACCAAUUAG